AUGGCUUUCGUACAUCCCGAUCGCGCGAAGAACGUAGGAGACGCAAGGGCGCAGGCUGGACGCGCGACCUCAGUCAGAGGACGUGCUGGAGACUUGGCACCUGCGCAAGGAAGGAACAGGAGGAGGAAGUGGGAAGACACUCAAGAUGAGCAGUAUUCAAUGGCUGGGGGUGAGGUCCAGGCACCGGACGAAAGGCCCGAGCAUGCACAAGGGCCAGGAAAGAAGGCGAAAUUCGAGCAUACCCGCCCGCCGCGUCCGAGCGUGUUCGACGCCGACCGCAACAAACGACCGAAAGUGGAAGCGCCAGUACCUCCCAAAAAGAAUGACCAUCGAAAGAAAGAUUCAGGGCGGCGCAAGGAUCAACUAGAUAAGGCACUUCAACUCGCCCCGAAAUAUCCAGACCUCCAAGAUAUCGACGCAUGGCGGAAACUAGCUCAGACGAACGAGCGGAGUUGGCAAGCAGAGGACGCUUUUGUAUAUCGGCAUCUGCGUUUCGACCAGUGUCCUAAAGGGCUGGCGUUCAAAGAGUGGAGGAUCAGAGUGCAUCGAGAGAUGGAGGGGUUGGGCUUGGAACAUCCAUUUCUAGGGCCGCAUACCAAGCAUGCACCUGAGGAUGAGAUCAAUAAGGAGAGUGUGGCGGGGGUAACAGAAGCGACGGUCGUGACAGCGCAGAAAGAAGAAGAGAGCAAAAGGCGCGUGGAAAUGGAGAGGAUGGUUGCGGAUGACGGGUUUGACAUUGACAUCUACGGUGACGAAGAGACGAGGAGGAAGUAUGAGCCGUGGAUCAGGAGCCGGAUGGAUCGAGUGUAG